AUGUUAUUGUCCGUGAUCCAAGUUUCGUUCACACAGCUGUCCAUCUUGUGCUUAGCGGCUUUCAUUCCGUUGGUAGCUGGCGGCAGCAGCAAUUGUCAAUACGAGUGCGCCGGCUAUGGCUCCGCUUGCUACAACGCUUGCCAGGAUUGCAUCGUUACGACUCCUUCUGGCUGCACAACCUACUAUUCAGCUUAUAGCGGCUGCUACUACGGCUGUGGGUGGCGGUGGACGUGGUGGGGUUCCCUUAUAGUCACCCUCGUCAUCCUUCUGUUUUCCGUUGGCAUCGGUGCGUGCGUUUACCACUCCAUGCGAAAACGCCGCAUGCAACGGGAGCAGGAAAUGGCCGUCUGGGCAUCGCAGCAAGGGCAGCAAUAUCAGCAGUCAGGAGGCGGACCAGAAUCAGUGCCAGGUUACCCUGUUACAGGAGUGCCACCUGGUGGUUAUCCGUACCCUCCUCCCCCUCCAGGGGGUUACCCCCCUCCCCCUCCAGGGGGCUACCCUCCUCCCCCGCCAGGGGGUUAUCCACCUCCCCCACCUGGUGGUUAUCCACAGCAACCAGCAGGCGGUUCAUGUGCCCCUCCAUCGUCCUCUGCCCCGUCUGUAUGA